AGGGAGGGGCCGAGGCCAGGAUAGAUUUCCCUUGCAACAAUCUCGGUCUUUUAAAAGCUCAGAGCUGAGCUGCAGGACAGUUCGCACAAACCUAUCCGGGCCUUCUUUUUCUGUUACUCCUUCUUCUAAGAGCUUUGUCCUGAAGACCACCCACCUUCAGAGGCCUGACUUCUAAUUUACCUGCAUGUGUGAAGGAUAAAGAUGGAUUCUGAAGGUUCAUGUGUUCAAGACGAUCCAGAUGUCAAGCUGAUGAUGGCGGGGUCGACUCUGAGAAAAGUCAAGUCCCGCUCAUGGAAGAAACAGCGACAUUUCCGACUUCUGGAGGACAGCUUGACAAUCUGGUACAAGUCCAGAUGGGUGGGGAAAGGCCACUCUACCUUCUCAGUGACAGAGCUGGAAGUGGUCCGUGAGGGACAUCAGUCUGAGGUCCUGCUGAGCAUCGCAGAUGAGUUUCCCGCUGACCUGUGCUUCACCUUGGUGUUUCACGGUCGCCAAGGCAACUUGGACCUUGUGGCCGAGUCUCCGGAGGAGGCUCGGGCCUGGAUCCAGGGAUUGCGCAAACUCAUUCACAAGGUCCAAACGAUGGAUGAGCAGGAGAGGCUGGACCAAUGGGUCUGGGACUGGUUCCAGAAAGCUGACAAAAACAAAGACGGGAAGAUGGACUUCAAAGAGGUGAAGAAGCUGCUGAAGAUGAUGAAUGUAGACAUGAAUGAAGACCAUGCUCUUCAUCUUUUCACGAUGGCCGACAAAUCAGGGAGCGGCUGUUUGGAAAUCGAGCAGUUUGUUCACUUCUAUCAGAUGCUGACUCAGAGGGAUGAGGUGUGGAGGGUGUUCCAGGAUUAUUCAGAAGAUGGGGAGAGGUUAAUGUUGGAGGAGCUGGAAAACUUUCUGAGGAUAGAGCAGCACGAGGGAGACCAGAGCCCCCAGCACGCCAAGGAGCUGAUCGAGCGCUACGAACCCUCUGAGACAGCCAUGAAACAAGUUGCCAUGUCCUUAGACGGCUUCCAGAUGUACCUGUGCUCCCCAGAGGGCUCCAUCUUUAAUCCAGAUUACCUGAAACUCCACCAGGACAUGAACCAGCCACUCAGCCACUACUUCAUCUCCUCUUCCCACAACACCUACCUGCUGGAAGACCAGGUGGUGGGACAGAGCAGCUUGGAGGCCUACAUCCAGGCGCUGAAGAGAGGAUGCCGCUGUGUAGAAGUAGACUGCUGGGACGGCAGCGACGGGGAACCUGUUGUGUAUCAUGGACACACUCUGACCUCAAAAAUUCUCUUCAAAGACAUUAUCUCAACAUUAAAAGAGUACGCCUUCAGGGCAUCGGACUUCCCAGUCAUUGUGUCCCUUGAGGAUCACUGUGGUGUGGAGCAGCAGACGCUUAUGGCCCAACACCUUACACAAAUCUUGGGUGACAUGCUGUUGACCGCCCCUCUGAAUGGACAGAUCCCUCAGCAGCUUCCUUCACCACAGGAGCUGAGAGGCAAGAUUUUGCUAAAAGCCAAAAAAAUUGGUGGUCUGGAGGAGUGUCUGGAUGAAACCCUAACAGAUGAAGUCAGUGAUGAUGAAGACACAGUCGAUGGUGAUGCUGAGAGCCCUGGUGCAGAACAACCGGCCGAGAAGGGCAAGAAGAAGUCCAAACUGUCCAGGGAGCUCUCAGACUUGGUGGUUUACUGUAAAAGUGUGCACUUCCAUGGGUUUGAGCAUACUCGUUCUCACUACAAGUGUUACGAGAUGUCUUCAUUCUCUGAGUCCAAGGCAAAGAGGCUCGCUAAGGAAGCAGGGCCCGAGUUUGUGCAGUACAACGCAUGGCAGCUGAGCAGGACCUACCCCAGCGGUCUGAGGACAGACUCCUCCAACUACAACCCCCAGGAGAUGUGGAAUACUGGCUGCCAGAUGGUGGCUCUGAACUUCCAGACGGCAGGUCUGGAAAUGGAUCUGAAUGAUGGGCUCUUCAGGCAGAACGGCUGCUGUGGUUACGUCCUCAAGCCAGACUUCAUGAGAGACGGCAACACUGAGUUCAGUCCAGAGAGACCCGCGGAGUGGCUGGGCUACAAGCCACUUCGUUUAUCAAUCAAGGUGAUAAGUGGCCAGCAGCUACCAAAGGUGAAUCAGAAGGAAGGAUCCAUUGUAGACCCGCUGGUCAGAGUGGAGAUCUAUGGCGUACCACAGGACCAGGCCAAAGAAGAGACCAGUUACAUUAAUAACAACGGUUUCAAUCCAGUGUGGAAUGAGACUCUAAACUUUGUCAUCCACACCCCUGAGCUGGCGCUGGUUCGCUUCGUGGUGGAGGACUAUGAUAAGGCGUCCAGGAACGACUUCAUUGGACAGUUCACGCUUCCUUUUACCUGCAUUCAAGCAGGAUACCGCCACAUACAUCUGUUGUCUAAAGAUGGAACUUCUAUCCCUCCCUCGUCACUCUUCAUCAACAUCAGCAUUUCAGAGCUCACAUGACGGGAUGUGAGGACGUGAAGCCAGAAGUGGGUUAGACGUCUGG